CUCCCUCUCUUUCUCUCGCAGCCGCUCCGAGUCUGCGCCCUGCUGCCAGGCUCCCAGCUCGGCGCUCCCCUGUGCUCGCCCGGCGCCCACUCAUUCGCAGCCCAGCCUUCGCCGCCGCCGCCUCCCUGCUCCUCCUCCUCGUCGUCUCCCCAGCCCGCCGCGGCCAUGGCGGACAGCGCCAGCGAGAGCGACACGGACGGGGCGGGGGGCAGCAGCGGCAGCUCGGCCGCCAUGCAGUCGUCUUGCUCGUCGACUUCGGGCGCCGGUGGCGGCGGUGGCGGCGGGGGAGGCGGCGGCGGUGGGAAGUCGGGGGGCAUUGUCAUCUCGCCGUUCCGCCUGGAGGAGCUCACCAACCGCCUGGCCUCGCUGCAGCAGGAGAAUAAGGUGCUCAAGAUCGAGCUGGAGACCUACAAACUCAAGUGCAAGGCGCUGCAGGAGGAGAACCGCGACCUGCGCAAAGCCAGCGUGACCAUCCAAGCCCGGGCUGAGCAGGAAGAAGAAUUCAUCAGUAACACUUUAUUCAAGAAAAUUCAGGCUUUGCAGAAGGAGAAAGAAACCCUUGCUGUAAAUUACGAGAAGGAAGAAGAGUUCCUCACUAAUGAGCUCUCCAGAAAAUUGAUGCAGUUGCAGCAUGAGAAAGCUGAGCUAGAACAGCACCUCGAGCAGGAGCAGGAAUUCCAGGUCAACAAACUGAUGAAGAAAAUUAAGAAACUGGAGAACGAUACCAUUUCUAAGCAGCUUACGUUAGAACAGCUGAGACGAGAGAAGAUUGACCUUGAAAAUACUUUGGAACAAGAACAAGAAGCACUAGUGAAUCGUCUCUGGAAAAGGAUGGAUAAACUUGAAGCUGAAAAGCGAAUCCUGCAGGAGAAAUUAGACCAGCCGGUGUCCGCUCCCCCAUCGCCUCGAGACAUCUCCAUGGAGAUCGACUCUCCAGAAAACAUGAUGCGACACAUCAGGUUUUUAAAGAAUGAAGUGGAGAGGCUGAAGAAGCAACUGAGAGCUGCCCAGUUACAGCAUUCCGAGAAAAUGGCGCAGUAUCUGGAGGAGGAACGUCACAUGAGGGAAGAGAAUCUGAGGCUGCAGAGGAAGCUGCAGAGGGAGAUGGAGAGAAGAGAGGCCCUCUGUCGACAGCUCUCCGAGAGCGAGUCCAGCUUAGAGAUGGAUGAUGAAAGGUAUUUUAACGAGAUGUCUGCACAAGGAUUAAGACCUCGCACUGUGUCCAGCCCGAUUCCUUACACACCUUCUCCCAGUUCUAGCCGGCCGAUAUCACCUGGUCUCUCGUAUGCAAGUCACACAGUUGGUUUCACGCCACCAACUUCACUGACUAGAGCCGGAAUGUCUUAUUACAAUUCCCCAGGUCUUCAUGUGCAGCAUAUGGGAGCAUCCCACGGUAUCACAAGGCCUUCACCGCGGAGGAGCAACAGCCCUGACAAAUUCAAACGGCCCACGCCGCCUCCGUCUCCCAACACACAGACCCCCGUCCAGCCUCCGCCACCUCCACCUCCGCCACCCAUGCAGCCCGCGGUCCCCUCGGCAGCCACCUUGCAGCCCGCCCCCUCGCAACAUUCGGUGCACCCCUCCUCCCAGCCUUAAUGCAUGCGCGCAGUCCGAACCUCACGUUGGGACUCGUUCGUGCAGCGGAGCCGUCGACUCAAGACGCCACAGGCUUCCUUCCCUGGCAUAUUCGGAUCUGACUUAUUUGCACUGAGGUUAUCUAGGCUUCACUAUUCAUUGUGUUGUAAAUGUGUGUCGGAAACGCAGCCAGUGUUGUGGGUCUACAACACUAAACAGACGACUUUCUCCAUCGGUGUUUUACUUGAAUCUUCAUGUGCGUCCAUUCCCUGGCUGGGACAUCGGCUAUUCGACUAUUUGGUAGUUCAGCAGCGGUGUGCAAUUUUUUUGCUUGGCCCCAGAGCUUCAUUUUCCUGGCUUUUAGGUUUGUAAACUAAAAAGGGAUGUCUUUUUUAUAUUUUUUUUCCCAUGAAUUUGCAGAAAAUUACUGAGCUGUUAUUACCCCCCCCCCAUUAGAAUAGUGUUUACCAAGCAUACCAGUAAUUCAGCACUACAAUUCAGACCUUUGAAAAUCUAGCUCUCACUAUAGAAUGGGAAGUUGGAUGCAUCAGUGCCCAAGACAAUGUUUAAUAGAGCUUUCUACGGAUACACUUUGUAUGGGUUAUUUUCAGUAUAUCUCAACAUCCAUGUCUCUUGUAAAACAGAUCUCCUAAAGUAUUGGAUCACAUGGCUGUACCUUUUCCACAUACAUGGGAUAGAUAAUUAUCGUAUAUCCGGGUGUGAGUCUUUCUUUAUCCUUGAUGUUACCCUACCCAAACUGGCCCUCUCACGUGAGUCGAUAACUGUUGUCCUACCCGCCAGUGGUUGCGAUGGCUGAUUAGAAUGUGCUGUGUGAUUUCUGCUGCAGAAGGCAAUGUGAUGGUGACAGAAACAGCUAAUUUCCCUUUACAUUCUUUACUUGCGUCCCCCUAAAAUAGAGUUCGAACAGAUAUUUUAAAGGUGCAGAGUACUAUGAGAAAAUACUAUGUGAAAUGAGCAUUAUAGGAACAUCUUGGCACAAUGGCCAAAAUACUUUAUUGCUGGCAGGAAAGAGGCGUAGAGGAAAGUAGCACAUUAGCGUUGAGGACUGCUUAGUUCGCCCAGUAAAAGCAAGCUCAGUGUACAAAGAAGUAUAUCCUGAAUGCGUCAUUUCCAUUCAUUUAGCACAAAUAAAUCGUUCGGUUUCACUUUAAA